AUGAAGCAGAGAAGAAGAGAAAAGGACAAGUCGUUCCCCAUAUUUCUUACCAUCUCACAUGAUCAUUGCCAUUGGCAACCGCCACAAACGCCCUUCGGCCUUAUCUACGACGCGGUCGACGAGCUCGUACAAACGCCCUCCGGCGCGGUUCGCCGCGUCGUCUCCGGCUUCGUCUACAACACCGUUGGUGAGCUCGUACAAACGCCCUCCAGCGCGGUCCGCGGCGUCGUCUCCGGCCUCGUCGACGGCCAGCUCAUACAAAUGACCUUCGGCGCGGUCCGCCGCGUCGUCUCCGGCCACGUCUACAGCGCAGUCGUCCAGCCCACGGACACGACCACCAGCGUGGUCUGCCUCUCAUCGUUUCCGGCCUCGUCUACGACGCCGUCAUCGAGCUCUUGA